GGGAGGAGACUGCUGAAUUCCUGGGAUCACUGCAAGUGACUGUCUCUAAAUCGAAGGAACUGGUGGUGACUGCCGUUUCGAAUCCCUAGCUGACCUUUCCUGCCAAAGGCUCAUUAACAUCUGGACAUGUCCUUCAUAUUUAGUUGGAUUUACAAUGGUUUUAGCAGUGUUCUACAGUUUUUAGGUUUAUACAAAAAAACUGGAAAAUUAGUAUUUUUAGGAUUGGAUAAUGCUGGAAAAACAACACUGCUGCAAAUGCUCAAAGAUGGGCGAAUGGGCCAGUAUGUUCCAACACUUCAUCCAACCUCAGAAGAAUUGACCAUAGCUGGAAUGACAUUUACUACAUUUGAUCUUGGUGGUCAUGCCCAAGCUCGAAGAGUGUGGAAAAACUACCUCCCUGCCAUUAAUGGCAUUGUUUUUCUUGUUGACUGUGCUGAUCAUGAGAGAUUAAAUGAAGCUAAAUCAGAACUUGAUGCAUUGAUGACUGAUGAAAGCAUUACCGGCGCCCCAAUCCUCGUGCUUGGUAACAAGAUUGACAGACCCGAGGCAAUCAGUGAAGAAAGACUUCUACACAGCUUUGGAAUCUAUGGUUUAACAACAGGCAAGGGUAAAGUCCCAUUGAAACAGCUUAACAGCAGACCACUAGAAGUCUUCAUGUGCAGUAUAUUGAAGAGACAAGGCUAUGGAGAAGGAUUCCGUUGGUUAUCUCAGUACAUUGAUUGAUAAUGGUCUUUGUGCCUAUAUAUUAAAUACAUUGUUUUGUUUAUGUUAUAUUUUCUUGACAUAUAUUUUAUAACUUGA